GCACUACAUAAUAACGUAGUCGAUCGGUAGACUAAAAUGUUCUCACUCACAUUGCGAAAUCGUAAAUAUCGGAUGUGGAAACAUGGACAAUAGCCCCCAAAGUAACUCAACAUUCUCAGAUCUCCCGUCAGAUGAUACAACGUCGGAUGCAUCUCGGCCACUUCUUCAGAAGGUUGACGAGAAAUUGCGGAGCGAUAUCACGAUGAAGAUGGCACAUCAUUCUCUGAUUCUUGAAGUGCUGGAUACAUGCAAUCAAACCUCAAUAAACUUUCUCUCCGAACAUACUACACCGAGACCAAGGCUGAAAUCAAAGCAACGUCGCUCAUCUGGAGCUAAGGACGGGUUUUCAACAUUAACGAAUUAUCAAUCUUGCGCCCAAACCACUACCUUCAAAAUAAGGAGUCACUUCUCAGAGGUUGUUGAAAAGAUGACUGAACUUCUGGGCCUAUGGAAUAACCAAAUUGAAACAGAAAUUUGGGCAUCGUAUGAAGCCUUAUUCUUCUCCUCAACGCUAUCAGAUAUUUUAAAGGUUUAUGUGCUCGCAUAUGAUGCUGAUGCAAAGCAACUUCAGAUGCUCCUCCCUUCAGCUGAUCCAAGAAACAUGAAUUUGAGUGGUGAAAGGGUCAUUGAUAUCCUUCAGUCUGGAAUUCCAGAAGUUGAUCCAAUAUCAUUUAUAGAAGAAUAUAAUGGUAUAUCUACCGGAGGUACCAGCUCAAUAUCAACGCAAGGCUCCAUCAACCAAGCAGAAGGAGCUGCAGCUGAUACGCAUAAACAUCAUGACCAAAAUGAGGCUAUCAGCGGUGAAGAUUUAGAGCAGAAUAGUGCAUCCUAUCAAUCUGUGUCUUCAAAUCUGGUUAGGGAGAUGGAAAACCUCUACCCAUUCCUCAAUGAUGUGGAUCUUGAAGCAACGGAUCAGAGCGAUGUCCCUGAUGACCAACCCGUAAAGUGCAUCCCUCCAAGUGUCCAGCUGCAGGUCGAAUAUGACAGCGAGGUAAAGCUGCGCCACUCACAAGAUGAUCCCAGGAAAAGGAAGCGAAGAAGUCUACAAGUCAUUGAGACAGGCCAGUCUUCUCUUAUAAUCUCUACACCACAAAUCACAGAGAAGGCUGCUGAUGAAGAUUCCAUCAGGCCACUGUCUGUCCCAUCAUCUAUACACAAGUUUAACAGAGAAUCAACGACAUUGGAAGGUCUCCGUCAGGUCAGUAACCAGAAGCUCGAAUAUGACAGCGAGGUAAAGCUGCGCCACUCACAAGAUGAUCCCAGGAAAAGGAAGCGAAGAAGUCUACAAGUCAUUGAGACAGGCCAGUCUUCUCUUAUAAUCUCUACACCACAAAUCACAGAGAAGGCUGCUGAUGAAGAUUCCAUCAGGCCACUGUCUGUCCCAUCAUCUAUACACAAGUUUAACAGAGAAUCAACGACAGUGGAAGAUCUUCGUCGGGUCAGUAGCCAGAAGGUAAAAGAGGAUGCCAGCUGUGAAGAUUUAGGGGAGUGCGAAAAAAAUGCAGACAGUAUCUCACAUGUGUCUGUGAUAGAAAAGCGUACGCAAACCGAUCCAACAUCUUCUGAAGAAGACGAUUCUUGUGUGUCAGGCAAAGACUUGACCUCAAUAUCAAGGCAUGGAUUCAAUAGGCAGGCUUUCUACAGAGAGAUAAAGUCAGGGAAAGAUCUGUAUACAGACUGGUCGAAAUACGAUCAAGAUGAACAAGGUAACCAGGUGGCAAAGUGGGGUAUAGGUGCCGAUAGUGUAGCGGAACAUCAACUUGAAUGUGUAGAUAGUGUAUCACAUAUAUAUGUGACAUCAAAUCUGGUUGAGGAGAUGGAAAACUUGUACCCAUUCUUGCGUGAUGUGAUACAUUUAUCGCCACAUCUCGACAAUCUCUCUGCCAUCAUGACAGAAUCUCGAAACGGUCGUUCUGAAGGACAGGGCACCCUUCCUAAUCCUGGACAAGAGAGGUAUAGCACAAACAGUUUGCUGGAAGGACCCUUGAGUUUUGAAGAGAUGUUCAGCCAGCCAUACCGUUGUCUGAGGAUGGUAUUACAAGAAAGGUUUCCUUUGGCAAAGCUUCGCUUGUUGGUCAUGUGUCUUCAAGCUCUGACUGAGUCGGUCAAAGAACAGGUCUCACGUAAAAUGGGUGUCGAUGAUUACCAAGUAGGCGGAGAUGACCUGGUACCAUGCCUCAUAUUCUUUCUCAUUAAGGGAGAUCCAGGACAGGUUACAGCCUUAUACCCACAGCUCAAGUUCCUUGAAGACUAUAUUCCGGAUGCUGUCGCAGGUGGCAUCAUCGGUUUCACCCUGACUCAAUUCCUCGGUGCAUUUUCUAAUAUUAUUCAGAAAGAUGACGCCGAUAUAGGCAAUAGGUCUUUUUAAUAUAUUACAUAGAAAAUCAUUUGGAUUUCUAACUAUGUAGGUGCCGUUGAAACUGUCUAAAAAGAACGCCAAAGAUUUAAAUUUGCCUUUACGUUACGGCAGGUGGUAAUUAGAGACAGGUUCUUGCAAACUUGCUCAAAAUAUACAUUUAUCACAUAUUCAAGAAUAGUAAAUAUCAUCUCUGCGCAUAAGUGGUCCUUACUAACAGGUCAUUUUUUAUCUCGAUAAACGUUUGGCCAAAGUAAACUUAUCAAUGAAAGUUUACCUAGGGGUAACUUAAGCAAUGCAAUUUAACCUUGAGUUAACUUAACCUGAACUUAACCAGGACAGGUAAAUCUAGGAUUUACUAAACCAAUGCAAUUUGAGCACCAGUGAAUAAUGCAUUUGAAAGUGAGAAAACCACUUGGUGUGUCAUAGUUCAGUCUUUACUUGCAGUUUUAUGAAACAUCACCUUGGUUUAUGGCCUGCAUUAUUUUAUCAAAUGGACAAACUCUCAGCAAUUUUAUUUAUGGAGGCAAUCAAAUACAUAUGCUAUUUUACAUUAUUUUUAUAUUAUACACAGGACUGAGAGUGACAAGAGCUCAAAAGAGUGUUUAACGAAGCUGAAAUUGAAAGAUCUCCCAUUCUUUUGUACAGAUGAAAUUUAUAAUGAGCUGAAAAUCAAAAUCAAAAUUAGCUGAAAUCAGUUAAAAAAUGAACUUUCACACCCCUGUACAUUGAGUAUAAAAUCUGGGUAUAACUUUCAAAACAGUCUGCAGUCAGAGAUUAUCUAUUGCACUUACAUUUUACAUACUGAGUACAUGUAAUAAGAUAUAUAAGUGAUUGACAACUAUACCUUUAUUUGUUUGCUUCAUGCAGGGAAAAAACUCAUGACAUCAUGUUUUUUGUGAUGCCAUGAAUUUUUUUACGAGUUUGGACAAAGAAAAAUACACAAGGUUUUAACAAAUAACAUUUUCCAUAGUUUUGCAGUGAAAAAAAAAGAACGUCUCUUGCCUGUUCAAAAUUCAUUGAAUUCCAUUUUAUAUCACACAAAAAUAUUGCUGACCUUUGUCACUGGGCAUGUUCAUGCCAUGUGUCAAAAAAAAAACAUACACCUUUACGCUCCAUAUGAUUUUAACAAUU